GUAGAGAGCAGCCACAGACCUGCACUUCCAGUGGACAACCUGGAGGCUCCCUGGGGGCAGAGGGUGGGGGCAGGGCAGGCCAAGAACUCCAGGGCUCCCCAGGCAUUGAGAACCUGGGCCCCCAUCACAACAGGCCAAGACGCCGGGGACAAUAUAUCUGCAGCUGUGCCCAGCACAGGGCAGACGAGGCGCAGCGAGCCCCUGGGCAGCCCAAGAGCUGCCGUGAAGAUGCACAGCUAGGCAGAUGUGGAUGAGGUCCAGGAGCUGAAGGCCGUCACGCGGCUCCCAGAGCAGUGUCGGGCGCUGCAGAUCCAGGCGGUGAAGGAGAAGACGGUCAAGAACAGGGCCACGCUGGCUCUCCUGCGCAGCAACAUCCGCCGCGGGGUCCAAGAGUGGGCCUCGGCCAUGAAGUGGAACCAGCGGACCACAUCCCAGGCCCGCGGGAAGGACGUGCCAAUGAGGCUGGCGCACUGCCGCUGCACCACGGACGGGGCUCGGGAGAAGCUGUGCAAGUACGUCUUCAACCGUGUGAACGUGCACAACGGGCUGACCCACCCGGUGCGGCUUCGCGGGCAGAAACUGGGGAGCUUGCAGCUGGAGUGGGCCAGCCCGCGCGGGCAGCCCGACGCCACCAAGCAGGAGCUGUGCAUGCACAUGGCGAGGGGUCGCUGCUGGGGGCCCGUGGGCGGGACCCGGAGCAGGGCUGGCUCUGUGGUCAUCCGCCGGCUGUAUGUGGACCUGCUGGGUCCCCUGAAGAAAGAGCUGGCAGGGUACCCCACAGAGCUGGACAAGCUGCAGAACCUCGUGGUUGACUACUGCUCGGAGCUGGUGGAUAUGACAGUCACGUCCCAAGACGCCAUGAUGAUUACAGAUAAGGUCAAGAUGAACAUGAGGCGGCGGGAGGCCAGCUACAUGGAGGAACACCGGGCACAGGAGAACCAGCUAGACCAGCAGAAGCAGCUGAUCGGCAAGGUCCACACCGAGGAGACCAGUGAGGGCCAGCGGGACUUGGACUUCCCCUCCAAUCUGAUGAGCGCGGACACCCUGAAAGCAAGGAGGAGGGAGACCUCCAAGGUGGACAUUGAAUACCAGGCAGAUGUGACAGCUCUGGUGGACAAAGUGAAGACCGCUGUGCAGCGCUCCCACCUCUGGGGCAUCACAAGCCGGUUCCUGGCUCAGAGGAACACAGAGGAGAACCUGGAGCUGCAGCUGGAGGCCUUGAUGGACAAGCUGGAAAGGCAGGGUGCAGUGCUGAGGCUCCACCAGGUGCCCGGCUCCGGCAGCUCCCCACCUGCCGAGAAGAUGAAGGAUGUGCUGGAGGAGGAGAGGCUCCAGCUGGCCCGUGGCAACAUGACCAAGAGCCAGAAGCGGCUGCUGACCAUCCAGACGGGCAUCGACCACCUCUACAUCCGGCUGGUCGGCAUCGCCCCGCCCACGGCCCAGGGUGGGAUGUUCUCUUCUGAAUUAUUCCGAAAAAAAAAAAAGGCAGUUACUGCCACUGGCCCUUGGAAGAGCAGAGGCCCGUAUAGACAAGGCAGCUCUGAGAGGGGAGUGGGAGCUGCUUUGCAGACUCGGCGAGCCGCCCUCCCCGCCUGCUCGCCCUGUCUGCCCCCCGGGUCCUCACCUGCCCAACUGCCCUCCGCCCUCCCUCAUCCAGAAACCCUCCGGUUCGCCGACGUGGACAACGGCUCUGUGCCGUCGCGGCCCGGCAUCAAGAGGCAGGCCCAGCGGCUCAUCGAGGGCAAGCUCAAGGUGGCCAAGAAAAAGAAGUGACCCGGCCCAAACCCGCUGGCUUUGUUACGCAAAUAAACAUUUUUCCUGGACUGCCGGGCCCGGGGAGAGCGAGCCCCAGGUGGACGCGUU